UGUGUGUAUGAACUGCAGUGGGUGAAGUUGCGGCUCCUCUCUCCCCGCCUCACCUCUGUGUGACUCCCCGGGUUUGUCGGUGAACGCUUUCGCCACAUUUCCUCGUCAGAGCCGGUCAGAAAGGGGGGUGAAGUCAUGUUCAGACUCCUCAGUCACCAAGGUAAGAGGACGCAGAGCUGCCUCGCAGGCCAGCGGCGCUAUGAGCACCACAGGGCCGUCAUGGCCAUCCGCAGAGAGGACAUCAACCCUUGGGAGAGGAGGGCGCCACUGGCCCCGCGCCACGUCAAAGAGCUCACCAACGCCGGCGUCAAAGUUCUGGUGCAGCCAUCCAACCGCAGAGCCAUCCACGAGAAGUACUACAUGAGGGUGGGGGCCAUCGUUCAGGAGGACAUUUCAGAGGCGUCUCUGAUAAUCGGGGUGAAGAGGCCACCGGAGGAGAAGGUCUUUCCCAGGAAGACAUACGCUUUCUUCUCCCACACCAUCAAGGCUCAGGAGGCCAACAUGGGGCUUCUGGAUGACCUGCUGAAGAAGGAGGUUCGUCUGAUCGACUACGAGAAGAUGGUUGAUCCUAACGGCUACCGCAUUGUAGCGUUUGGUCAGUGGGCCGGUGUCGCAGGAAUGAUUAACAUUUUGCAUGGAUUGGGACUGCGCUUUCUGGCUCUUGGGCACCACACUCCCUUCAUGCACAUUGGCAUGGCUCAUAACUACAGGAAUGUCAGCCAGGCCAUCCAGGCAGUGAGGGAUUGUGGGUAUGAGAUCUCCAUGGGGCUCAUGCCCAAAUCAAUUGGCCCCCUCACGUUUUGUUUCACCGGUACUGGCAACGUAUCCAAGGGAGCACAAGACAUCCUUAAUGAGCUUCCUGUUGAAUAUGUUGAACCACAUGAGUUGAAGGAUGUCUCUGAAACAGGAGAUAUGACCAAAGUGUACGCCACCGUUCUGAGCCGACAUCACCACCUGAUGAGGAAGAGCGAUGGAAUUUAUGACCCCAUGGAGUACGAGAACCACCCGGAACUGUAUACUUCACACUUCAGGACCAGCGUGGCGCCGUACACAACCUGUUUGAUCAAUGGUAUUUACUGGGACCCCCACACCCCCCGACUACUCAGAAGACUGGACGCCCAGAAGCUAAUGAGACCGCCCAAAGUCUCGCGUACAGCCACCGAGGGAUCACCAGUGCUGCCACACAAACUGCUGGCUAUCUGUGACAUAUCUGCUGACACUGGAGGCUCUAUAGGGUUCAUGAACGAGUGCACCACCAUUGAUAAGCCUUUCUGUAUGUACGACGCAGACCAGCACAUAGAUCACGACAGUGUGGAGGGAAUAACGGGAUUUCUGAUGUCCAUUGACAACCUCCCGCUCAAGCUCCCCAUCGAAGCCACUGAGUAUUUUGGAGACCGACUCUUCCCCCUAUUUCGUAUUUCUGGGAGAUGGUAGAAUGCGCCUUCAGACGCCACCAGACCGCGGGAGGAAGGAGGACUUCAGCCCCAAGUCAGAGACGCUGUCAUCACUUCAAACGGAGCACUCACCCCAAAGUUUGAAUACAUUGAGAAGCUUCGAGAAAGAAGGGAGAAGGCACAGAUCAUGAAGAAGACUGGGAUGAAGCGCGUCCUGCUGCUGGGUUCAGGAUACGUCUCCGGACCUGUAGUAGAGUAUUUGACUCGCGACGAGGGGACCCAGGUCACUGUGGCGUCGGUGUUGCUGAGGCAGGCAGAGGAGCUGGCAGCAAAAUAUCCCAACACCAUCCCCGUCAUGCUGGACGCCAGCAGCCAGGAAGGACACCUCGACUCUCUGGUCAAAGAUCAUGACCUGGUCAUCAGCAUGCUGCCAUACUCAUUUCACCCACUCAUCGCCAAAAGUUGCAUCAAAAAGAAGGUAAACAUGGUGACAGCCAGCUACCUGAGUCCUGCCAUGAAGGAGCUGCAGAGCAGUGCGGAGGAGGCGGGCAUCACCAUAGUGAAUGAGAUGGGACUGGACCCCGGCAUCGACCACAUGCUGGCUAUGGAGUGUAUCGACCGGGCCAAAGCUGACGGCUGCACUGUGGAGUCGUACAGCUCUUUCUGCGGAGGUCUUCCUGCUCCUGAAUGUUCGGACAAUCCUCUGCGCUACAAGUUCAGCUGGAGUCCAUACGGCGUUCUUCUCAACACCAUCAGCCCCGCCAUCUUCCUCAGAGACAACCAGGUGAUAAGCAUCCCAGCUGGCGGGUCUCUGAUGGACUCCACCACGCCGAUGGAUUUCCUUCCUGGUUUCAACCUAGAGGGAUUUCCAAACCGAGACAGCACCAAGUAUGCUGAGCCCUAUGGAAUCCAGUCAGCACACACACUGAUCAGAGGAACACUGCGCUUCAAGGGCUUCUCGAAGGCCAUGAGUGGGUUUGUCAAACUGGGUCUGAUCAAUAGCGAGGCCUGUCCGAUCCUGCACCACACUUCAUCUCAUGUUUCCUGGAAAGAGCUUCUCUGCAAGCAUUUGGGAUUGUCCUCUUCUAUCUCCCAUGAUGCCUUUGAAGAAGCCGUAUACGAACGCAUCGGAAAGGACGACUUCGGGAUGGAUAGCCUGAGAUGGUUUGGGAUGUUGAGUGACGAGUUGGUGCCACACGCCAACAGCAUAGUGGCUGCUCUGGCAAAACAUCUGGAAGCCAAACUCUCCUUCGAUAAGGGCGAGCGAGACAUGAUCAUCAUGAGGAACGAUGUGGGGCUUCGCCACCCAACUGGCGAGCUGGAGACCAAACACAUUAGCCUGGUGGUUUACGGCGACCCCAACGGCUUCUCCGCCAUGGCCAAGACUGUAGGAUACCCAGCAGCCAUUGGUGCUCGCAUGGUCCUCGAUGGUGAAAUCAGUACAAAGGGACUGGUGGUUCCGAUGACAAAAGAUGUAUACGGGCCAGCACUGGCACGACUGAAGGAGGAGGGACUUUACUUCAUGUCCAAGAGCACCCUGCAGGAGUAGAGCCGACAACAGCAGAAAAAUUUAUAAAAUCCUCAUUCUAUCAGAUGCCUUUUCACCAGCUUUAUCGUCUUCUGACUCACCUGUCUGCUGAUAGUCGGUGUUUAAAAGUAUAUCGUUAACUCACCUCUGCCUGGGGCUGAUAAAAUAAAUAUUAGUUAUGUAAUUUAUCUUUCAAAUGUGAAUGGUUAAAGGGGGUAAAAAUAGUUUGAAAGUGGAAAAGGUCAAAUGUUAUUUUUAUUUUAUUGAAAUGAAAUUUUAUGACUAUUUGCUUUAAAACCAUGUUUGUAUGUUUUAGGCCAAAAAGCUGAAAAGGCAGCUGGUGUUAAUAUUCAGUAAGUUGCAGUUUAAUAUUAUCUGAGUUUAGUCAUCUGUGAGAAACUGAAAUAGUUUCACUGGCGUCGACUGUUUCAGAGAAAAGUUCUUCUGUGAAGAUGUGCAAAAGGUCGACUGAUCAAACACUAUUUUAGGCACUAGUAAUUUGAAGCAUUAAAAGCACAAACAUGUCUGAUUAAUCAGGUAAAUAUACUGUAGAAACAGCUUUGGCUGGGAUUUGAGAAUAUAUUCUUCAUACUUAAUGGUUCUGACAUCAUACAACAAAACCACAUCAGCUCUAAUCCGUGAUGUUGUAAGUGUUGUCACCAUUUUACAACAAAAUGAAAAGUGAAGCAUUCAGUCAGUUCAGUGGCAGUCAGACUGAUGAUUUUAACCGCUCAUGCGAUCAUAAAUCUGCAAUGUUUUUAUUGAAAAUGUCCAACUUGAUAAUCCAAGUUUUAGCUGUCUUUUUCCCCAUCAUCUCAAAUAGCGUCUUCAUUAACACUGAUGUUUGGAUUACUUAAAGGUCCAGUUUGUAACAUUUAGGAGGAUCUGUUGGCAGAAAUUGAAUAUAAUACUCGGUAUGUUUUCAUUACAUAACAGACAUGACAUUGCAGUCUUUUACAAUUGCUGACUAAAAUAUCAACAAAUCAAUCAGGAUACAGAAAUAUUGUAAAUAGUUGCUUCGAACAUUUCCACAGCAAUGAGUGAAACAGACUUGAGGCCUGUCUAUCAGUGGCUUAUGGUCUUUCGGUCUCGCACCCUCGCACCACAGUAACGCCCACUGUAGGUUGACCUUCGUGCUUGGAAGGGGAGGGUGAAGCGAGGGAGUUGCAGUCUGCAACUACACUGCUAGACGCCACUAAAUCCUACACACUGGUCCUUUUUAAAUAUCCAGAAAACCAAGCUCAAUACUGCACUGACCUUCAAACUGUGAUACAAGAAAAACCUUAGUUACUAGCCCUCUUUAGUAUUUCUUGAAAAUCAAAAAGAGCAAAAGUCCAACAUCCAAACUGUAAAACGACAUCAACAGUUCAAAGAUACGAUCUCAUGCAAUGUAGUCAUCCACCGUGUUGUUCGGAGUAAACACUAACGAAACUGAGAGCAGCUGCUAAUGAUUUUUUUCUGCUGGUUUGUCAGGAUCAUGAGUUAAUCCUUUAAUUUUGUUGGUCAGAAUUCAUGUUUUUGUUGUGCUUAUACAGUAUUUUAUGUAAUUGAAUGACCUCACACACUCAGUAUCUCAAAAGUAGUUAUACUAAUACAAUAACUUUUGAUUUGUAAUGAAUUUAAAUUAACAACUUAACAGUGUGCAAUAUUUAGAAACAUUUAACAGCCCAAGUGGAGGAUUUUAAAUAGAAUCUGAACGCCAUAGUGAUUGUACGUUGUUCAAUUUGUAUGGCAGACAGCAGUUACUGGCACUGUUUUUAAAGACUGUACCAGUAUUUACCAAGUUUCUCAUUUUUCCAAAUACAAAAACUUUUUUCUUCUUAAUAAUUGGAAAAUCCAGGACAAAAAGGUUUUAAUCUACAGCUGAUCUCCAAAAUGUAUUUCAACAAACUGAGAUAAUAAUUAAUAAUGAAGAUAUGAUGACUUUUAUCUUGAGAUGGGGGCUGAAUCAUUAACUGCUUUUUAAAUGAAAUCAAUUUGAAUUGUGGUUUUUAAGCUUGACAGCUUUAACACUGAAUCAGGACCUCCAGGAUUUCAUUGAUUGGCAUAUCUUGAGAACUGUUCAUCCGAGCGACCUCACACUUGGCGGGUGUAUUGCAGAGGGAGUGCAGUGUUGAGUUUGGUUUGAAGUCGAUCGGACUUGCAAGCAAUCGCCCUGAUCCGAAGGGGGACUGCACUAGUUUUCAUGUAAAAACACGAAAUUGCCAAAUUGCAAUUUUAUGCUUAAUUAACACCAUGAUACAUUUAAAAUAUAUUGGGGUAAUAUCUAAAAUGAAAAGCACUACAAAUUCAUUACACUUUGGAUAUUACUUAUUAACUCAUGAUCUUGUUGCAGUCACUGAAACGUGAUCAGUAACAGCGGUUCCUGACUUAGGCCGAGCUCAGAGGUAGAAAUAUUAAUUGGAGAUGUUUGAAAGAGUGAAUACACAGAUGAGUAAUUAUUGUUGUAUUGUACUGAUAUGUAGUUUAUAUAUGGGCCUCCAGAAGGUUUUACACCAUAGUUUGUUCUUUGAUACUUUAGUAGAUUUAGAUCUGAACGAAAAUCUGUUCCUGUCAGAUUCCAAAAGGGACAUCAACACUAACACAUCUGUCAAAUAAAAUGUUUAAAUCACUGAAAAUCAUUUCUCAAUAUUGAUUUGAUUUACAUAUACAAACCUUUCUUAUUUUUGUUGGUUUUUUGUUUUUGAUUGUUUGUUUUGUCUUUAAUGUUUGAGUUGAAAUGUAUGUGAUUCAUGGUUACCAAACACACAUUCAUUUAUAAAAGCUUGUUUUCUUUGCUUUAUGAACAUGUAAAAGUGGUUACUUAAAUAAAAAUCGGUUUUUUUUUCUUUCACUA